CGCGGAAGGGCCGCUUCUGGGCCGGGGAGGGCGAAGGGCUGAGGCCCCCGCCCCCGGCCGCACGCCCAGCCUGGGGGCGGGCAGGGCAGCCAAUGCCGGGCUCUGACAACACAGCUCACCUCUGCCCGCGGCCGAGGCACCGACUCAGGCUGCAGGGAGGGCUCUGCUCGGAGGCAGUACCCACAACUAAGGGAAGCUCCUUGUUUAUUUUAAAAUGCCUGGGGGGAGAUGAUGAUGAUGAUGGUGAUCAGACCCCACUUGGCACUGCAGGGAAAGUGGGAGCCUUGCUUUCUAUGUUUGCCUCAGCCCGAGGAGGCUGAAACCCAGAUGGCACAGGUGGAGAAGGGGGCCCCAGCCACCAGGUUACCAUCUUGCAGAGGCUGGGGACAUUUUCCACCCCUCCUGCUGAGGGCAUAUUACUGUACAAGAGGGAACCCAGAGUUGCAGCUUAUGGGCUGGGGUCCACAGCUGCGAGAUCAGUUCCAGCCCCUGCUCCUAGGACACUUUAAUUAAGCAGUCACUGGACAAAAAUUGAAAAGACAAACAUGAAGAAGUUAAAGCUUAAAGAACUGGAAAGCCGUCUUCAACAAGUUGAUGUUUUUGAGAAUCCAAAGUUACUACUUGAACAGUAUCCAACAAGGCCACAUAUUGCAGCAUGUAUGCUGUACACAAUUCACAACACUUUUGAUGAUAUUGAAAACAAAGUGGUUGCCGAUCUAGGGUGUGGUUGUGGCGUGCUCAGCAUCGGAAGUGCAACAUUAGGAGCAGGGUUGUGUGUGGGGUUUGAUGUGGACACAGAUGCCCUGGAAAUAUUUAGUAGAAAUGCUGAAGAAUUUGAGCUCACAAAUAUUGAUGUGAUUCAAUGCAACGUGUGUUCUUUACCUGACAGAAUGUCAAAAACAUUUGACACAGUAAUUAUGAAUCCUCCCUUUGGAACCAAGCACAAUAAAGGGAUGGAUAUGGUUUUUUUGAAAGUAGCUUUGCAAAUGGCAAGAACAGCUGUAUAUUCUUUACACAAAACUUCAACACGGCAACACAUUCAAAAGAAAGCAGAUGAAUGGAAAGUGAAGAUGGAAGUUCUAGCUGAACUUAGAUAUGAUUUACCAGCAUCAUACAAGUUUCAUAAGAAGAAAUCGCAGGAGGCCGAGUUGAAAUCUGGCCCUAUUUAAUUCAGAUUUCUAAAGAGGACUUCAGAAUGAGUCAGGAUUUUACAGCUGGAUAAUAGGAUAAUGGCUUUGACUAGUCUGAAGGUAUUUUGCACUCGAGCACAAGGAUGAACAAAACCAAACUGCUUGUGGGAAAAGCAGAAGAUGUACUAGAAGCAGCAAUGGGAAGGAUGUAUAAAAGAGGAAGGGACUAAAGUUUGCGUUUUGUAUGGUGAAAGGUAUGGAAGUAGACCUUGGGGAGCAAAGAUCUGGUUAGACCAAGGGUAGGCAAUUAUUUGCACCAGAGGGCCACUUAAGGAGUUCUGGUGAGCUGUCACAGGCUAGGUCAGCAGUUUGUUGCGUUUCUCCCCCCCUCACCCCAGCUCAAAGCUCUGAAAGUGGCUCUGCCCUCACUCUGCCAGGUGGAUGGGGUGAGGCCAUGGGCAGGUGCAGUGUGGCAUCCAGCAACAGGACAGGCAGGUGGGGCCAGGAUCAGGAUUGCAGGGCCAUGACAGUGUGAGGCCAGGGCUUGGAGCAGAGCUGCAGUCUACUUCCCACACACCUCUGUGAUAGAUACCCACUCCACAGGCAGGAGUGUGCAGAGAACAGAUUGUGGCUCUGUCCCAGGUCCUGUGCAAUCACCGCCCCACAAUCCUGUGGUCUCUAUGGAGAUCAGCCUGGUGCCUAUGCAAGCAGGACACAGGCAGAUGGGUUGGGGCUGUGGGCAGGUGGGGCCAGUAUUGGGAACACAGGGCCAUGACAGCGUGAGGCCAGGGCCAGGGGCAAGAGCUGCAAUCCACUCCCCGCAGUUUUUUUUUUUGCAGUUGUUGUACAGGAAGAAAAAGUACAAGGCUUGGAUGAAUAAGUAAUAAAGGCCCAGUCAGCUACAACUGUAGCUUAAACAGGCUGUUUGAUCAGUUCUUAGCUAGCUAGCCUCUUUCCUGUAGAGAGGCUACAGGAGUUUUAUUCUGUUGAAGCUAUCCUCAAUCACCAAAUCAAAUGGUCAGCCUUCUAAUCACACGUUAGUUGGGACAGAAAUCUGCAUAAGUUUAAAAAUCACCAGCUGUUAAGUACCAUCUUAAAUGCUGAAGUUUAUUGGUGACUUAUUUAAUACAACUUCAAAAUUGCAAAGUCUGGUUCAAGGAUAGAACCUCCAUUUACAUUUUAAAUCAAGUGCCAGAAAUGCUGAGAGGCUCUGACAGUAUAAACAAAAUAUUUUUUUAAAAAAUCCUGACUGGCAUGUUAGAAUAAGCAUGUGUCUGAAAAUAUAUAAAAAAAGAAAAACAAACAAACAAAACACAAACCUUUCCUUUCAUUGCAGGUUGACAUUGAAGUGGAUUUUGUUAGAUUUUCUUUUGAAAAGUUCUGAACUGAGGAAUGGCUUAAAACCUAUUUAAAAUGGAGUAAUAAAAACAAUGCUUUUUAUA